GAGAUCUCUGCUAUUAUUUUAUCACAUACAAAUCCACAUUAUUUUUUACCUACCAUAACAACGCGCAAAACAUACAUGUGACUUUGAACUCAAUAAUAUUAUAGUAGUGCAGUUUAAUCUCUGGGUAAUGCAUCAGAUAGCAGACGAAACGACAACAUAAGAAAAAAAGUAGAAACUUUUUUGGAAGAAGAAGCUCACCAUGGAGGUGGGCCAGAUUGCAGUAGCUGGAGGUGCAGUUGUAGGGUUAGGUGCACUUUGUUAUUAUGGUCUUGGACUAUCAAAUGAGCCGGGGGCCAUUGAUCGCGUUGUUGUGUGGCCACAGCAUGUCCGUGAUCGCAUCAGAGACACUUACAUGUACUUUGGGGCCUCUUGUGCUGUAGCAGCUACAUCAGCAGUGGCUGUAUUCCGAUCACCUAUGGGGCACAGAUUCUUUGCCUUAUGUUCAAGACAUCCAAUUAUGUCAACUGUUGGUCUUCUGGCUGGUCUCGUAGCAACAGGUUCAGCAAUGAGCUCUAUUCCCUAUUCUCCUGGAAUAGGGGCCAAACAGAUGUUAUGGCUGUUGAACUGUGGAAUGAUUGGACUUAUUGUAGCCCCAGUUGGUGCACUUGGAGGAGCUAUUGCCAUCAGAGCUGCUUGGUACACUGCUGGUGUCAUCGGUGGCCUAAGUACUGUAGCUGUAUGUGCCCCAAGUGAUAAGUUCUUGAACUGGGCUGGGCCACUGGGCAUUGGUCUUGGUGGUGUACUAGUUGCCUCAUUAGGCUCUGCUUUCUUACCCCCAACAUCAGCCUUGGGUCUGUCCUUGUACUCUAUUUCUCUCUAUGGAGGGCUGCUACUUUUCUCAGCCUUCUUAUUGUAUGAUACUCAAAAGGUUGUACGCAAAGCUGAGACUCAUCCCAACAUGUGGGGUGUGGCUCCAUAUGAUCCAAUAAAUGCAUCCCACCACAUUGUCAUGGAUGCUGUCAACAUUUUUAUCCGAAUUGCACAAAUUCUUGCAAUGGGAGGUGGUGGAAGGCAAAAGUAAAUCUUAUUUUAGUAUACUGAUAGGUCAAGUACAUCAUUUACGCAAGUGUAUAUAUUGAAUUUGCUUCUAAAUUAAAUUCUCAAUAGCAGUCACUGCUCCCCUUCAUUGUAACCUGUUAGUGAAAGUGUGCAUUCUCUUUUUAGCUGCAGUAAAUAUAAAGCUGUUCUUACUACUCCAUUACUUAGUGGUUCAAGAAUCUUGACCUGUUAUUAAAGUGUUUCCUGUUAUCUAUUAGAUUAAAAAAGGAUAUUUCAUUGUUUGAUAAUCCACAUAUGAAGAAAUAUCAUAAGAAAAUUUUCUUUUGAGAUUUUAGUAGUAUCAAGUAAUCUUCACUGGUUUUAAGAUGUGUUGUGGAAGAUGCUUACAUGUUUUGUGAUAUUAGUAUUUUAAGUGAUCAUUGUAAAGUCAUCUUCAGAACACCAUCAUUGCAAACUUAAUUUUAGGAGGAAAGAGAUGAUGAUGAGAAAAAAAAUCUUCUCAAGUAGGAAUACAGAAAUGGUCCAGAUGUUAUUGCAGUAGAGUUUACACUUAUGAUUUGUUAGUUAAAUAGGAAUUCUAUUCACAGGUGAAGCUUCUGAUGUUUACUGAAAUGUAUUUCUCUCAGGCAUUGUGAAUUAACUUAUUGUAACACUAUUCUUGUGGGGUAUUUUUGUGGAGAGCAAUUUCAACAGCAAGGUUGAAUCUGAUUAUUUGUUGUAAAAUUUUUGGUUCCUAGAAAAAAGGGUAUUUUCAUUAGAAAAUGGAUACUCUGAUCUAGUAGGUUUAUUAUUAUUAUUAUUAUUAUUAUUAUUAUUAUUAUUAUUAUUAUUAUUAUUAUUAUUAUUAUUAUUAUUAUUAUUAUUAUUAUUAUUAUUAUUAUUAUUAAAAGGGCAAUACCAAUGCAUAAGUGGUUCUUUUAUUUUUAAUGUUUGUAACCUUUUUCAUCUCUUAGUUAACAAAGGGCCUUGAUAGUUUACUGGAAGCACAAGUGCUAUUUUGGGGUUCAAAGGCAAUCAGAUUUCAUAUGUUUCCUAGUACCAUUAUCUUUAUAUCCUUGGGCAUAGACUAAGCAAGUGGUUGUUCAUUCAAAUCAUUUUUGUGGAACAGUUUUACUGGAAGAGAAAUGAGUGUAUUGUAUAGGAUUUUACAGUAUUGUAUUCCAGCUUGUAAAAAGAGAUCCAAGGCUUGUAAAUAUGAAAUGUCUUAAUUUAUAUACUAUAUGAAUUUUACCACCUUACUGGUUAAGAUAGAAUUGUUCUUACACAAAUACAAACCUUUGGUCUUUACAUAAAGAUUUAGCUUGCGAACACAAGCUAAAUCCCUAUGUCAAGACCUUCAGGUUUGUAUGUUAGGAAAAAUUUAAAUUACUUUAAAGAUUAUCUAUAUUUCACUAUAUAAUAUUUUCCAUGUUGCAUGUAAUUGGCUUGUUCAGUACAUUGUAGUGCUGUAUAUUUUUCACUUAGUAAAGGAUUUUGUGAUUUAAUAGUUUAUUUGUCAUGCUAUUACUGUACUUAAUAGAUUCAGUGAUGCACCUUCCCUUGCACACUGUAAACCAAGUGUAGAAGCUGUAACAGCAUUCCAUAGUCUUCAGUUUUUUCCAUGAUUUACCAUCUGUUUGGGGUUACUGCCUACAAUGUUCUUGCAUAUUUCUCUGUAAGUAUUGUACUUGAAAUGUUUUUCCAACAUUUUUUCCAUUUGACUUUAGUUGCAUUGUGACCCCCUUUUUAUUUUUCUUUCACCACUGAUUUCUUUAUCUUCUCUGCUGGUCUAUAUCUUCUAUUUACACCAGAUGAGACUUGGGACCCUUUGUUUAGGCCAUACAAUUAUCCCCUUAAUAACAAAAUUGAUAAUUGGAUAAUGCAUUGACCAAGAUAUGGCUAAUGCUAGUCUUUUGUGUGAUGUAAAAAUGUUGGUGUCAAACUCUGCUUUUAUUCUUGAGCCCAGUCUCGAUGAUCUUUUGAAUAUUGUCGGUAGUCUGUAUAUUUAGUAAGUAACCUGUGAGACAGCCUUCAUUUGAAGUACUAUAGUUAUUUCUUAAUAAAUGAAUAGUGUCUGGUAGGUGUAGUCUCUCUCUCACUCACACUUACACAGACCAGAGCUGUAGAUUAGAGAGAGAUGGAUUAGGUUGAAUGUGAUUGGUCUAUUGAAGACCUCAUUGCACUAUGUUGCACCCGUACUUUCCCUAAUUCCCUUGUCCAUGGCAGAGCUAGGGAGUAGCUGUGUGACUAGAUUUUUAUAUUAGUUAUGUGUGGCUACUUUUAUUCACAAAAGUAGUUUUCUGUGUGGCUGUCUUAUAUAAAAUGUGAAUGCUUAAAACAUAAGAUAUUUCAGAGACAAAGACAAUGAAAAACUAAAGUAAGCCUGACAGGAAAGCUAGCAAGAUUUACUAUGCAAUAUGCUCAGUUCAUAAAUGUCAUUAUCUUUCUUCAGUGCAUAGUACAGCUAUUAUUACUGCCUGAUAUACAGUAGCUUAGUGGGAAAAGAGUGAUAGAUUGAUUUUAUUCAACUUAUAUUUAUUAAUUUUUCUUUUUUAUUAAGUGGGAUCUCUUCUUUCUGUAUUUCCCUUUAGUAACUCUUACUUAGUCCUAAUGAACACCAUAUUUUUUGGAAGCUUGAAUUUUAAGUCAAUAGCCCUUGUGGGCUUGUUUCAUAUGAGUAGGUUUCAACUACUGAAUAAUAAUAAAAAAUUUUUGAAGAGGAUCAGUACUCUAUGAAUGUGGUAGAGUUUAUGGCCCAAUAUUACUUUAUUAAAAUGCUGUUGUAUGAAGUUUUGUGUUCCAAAAUUAAAUCUUCAGUUAUUUUAAACCCAUGAAAAAAAGGUAAUUUUCAUUGAGUCAAUAAAUUCUGCAAAGUGGACACUUUAUACUCUGAAACAUCCAUGAACUGCAGCUUGUUACUGAAAAGGUAGGCUUGUGUUACACUCGUUAAUGAGCUGCUUUAGAAUUUGUUCAGCAGCUUACAUUAUUAAUAAAAAAAAAUUCCAUUUGGCCAUGCUGCUAGUGAAAGCAUUUAAAUAUCUUACUCAGAGAUGUUCAAAAAUAUAAUUAAGGUAUUAGUUCACCUGUAAUAAAAUUAACUGGAGCAAUAUUGACAAUUAUUAGCUAUUCAUAAAAGACCACAAUCCUCUCCUUUUCUGCUUCCAGCAUUUUCGAAAAUAUCAUCACUUCGAAAAUAUCAUCACUAAAGGAGAUCCUUUUAGGUUUGUCUGGAAAGCUCCAUUUAUUGUCAGUCACAGGUUAUAUAAUAUAUUAAAUUAAAUCUUCAGUUAUUUUAAACCCAUGAAAAAAAGGUAAUUUUCAUUGAGUCAAUAAAUUCUGCAAAGUGGACACUUUAUACUCUGAAACAUCCAUGAACUGCAGCUUGUUACUGAAAAGGUAGGCUUGUGUUACACUCGUUAAUGAGCUGCUUUAGAAUUUGUUCAGCAGCUUACAUUAUUAAUAAAAAAAAAUUCCAUUUGGCCAUGCUGCUAGUGAAAGCAUUUAAAUAUCUUACUCAGAGAUGUUCAAAAUAUAAUUAAGGUAUUAGUUCACCUGUAAUAAAAUUAACUGGAGCAAUAUUGACAAUUAUUAGCUAUUCAUAAAAGACCACAAUCCUCUCCUUUUCUGCUUCCAGCAUUUUCGAAAAUAUCAUCACUAAAGGAGAUCCUUUUAGGUUUGUCUGGAAAGCUCCAUUUAUUGUCAGUCACAGGAUAUAUAUUUUUCCUGUAUAUCGUAGCACUGUUUAAAUGUAGCAUAAUGUAAUGAACUUAGUAUCAAAUAACCUAGUUUUUUUUUAUAUGUUACCAAUUGAGAUACAGUAUAUAUGAAGACUCAAAUAAUAUUGCACAUAUUAGCUAAAAAAAAAAAAGGGGGGGGGGGCGGGAUUUUAUGAAUAUUUUUUUUUUUAUGGAGUCAAUGCUCCAUACGUGGAAUAGUGCCAUCAGUGAUGUCACCAUAGGCAUAGCUUAAGUUUCUUUUUAUACAGUGUCCCUUCAACCCCUAUCAUUCAUUUCCCUAUACCUCCAUUCAUAUUCUCUCUUCCAUUUUGCUGUCCACCCUCUUCCUAGACAAUUGUUUCAUAAUGCAACUGCUUUGGGGUUUCCCUCCUGUUACACCAUUCAACCCUUCCUUCUGUCAGUUUUCCUUUUAGUACUGAAUGACUCCAUAGGUCCCAGUGCUUGACUUUUGGCCUAAAUUCUGUAUUCCAUCCCAUAAUGUCAAUGUAGUGGAAUGUGGUCCUGGGACAAGCAAGACUGCAACGUGAAUGAGUGAGUGUUGUUAAUGAGCAGAUCAGGCUGUGGAAAGCGGAUGUAAGUGUCGAAACAAUCGCUGGUGAAGGAAAGAGGAGGACCUCUGCUUUAACUGGAUGAGUAACAGAGGUUAAGGUGCUUAGACGGCUGCAGUAUCUAUUUUUAUCAUCAUCUUAAUUUAUUUUUGGGCCCUUUGUUACAGCUCACAAACUAACUUUUUCAGCGCAAUGCAAACAGGUUAUUGAAGGUUAUUUUACUGUGCCUUCAUAGAUACUCCUCAGCCAGGUUGAUUUCGGCCUAUUAUUUCUCGUACUUACUCCAAUUUCCAGCAUAGCAAAUCCCAUGAGUACUUAAUUACGAUGAAAGUAAUCUAGCCAACGUGCACCGCUGAGGUUACUGUACGAAUCAACAAAAAGCAGAUUAUCUUUUUGAGAGUAAAAGUGAUAAUAUGAGGAGGAAAAAUGUAAGCUGUCCUAUUUUCCGCUCUAUAAAAUAUUUAUAGAAUUUUUAUUAGGGUGCGUUCUCAUAUUGUACACAUUUACUAGCAAGAUCAUAAUUUACUUUUCACUCUUCACAACUUGACUCAGCCAAUUUGCGUCGCUUGCUCAUGCUAUUGGUUGCUAUUUAUCACAGUACUUUUAAUGGACGAUAAAACCUGGUUGUACAUAAAAUCACAAGGGGACUAGAAUCUACAUAUAUUUGGUAACUGGAAGCCCAUACCCGUUAUGUAUUACGGUUUACCAUACAUAUCAACGAUCAUGCUAAUGCGCAUGGUGACGAGAAAAGCUCCAGAACAACGUUUUUCGUUGAAACGAGUUCAUUUUGGAAAGGUGAAAAUCGGGCUCUGGAUCCUGGCGCCAACUAUCGGGAAGUACUUUUGUACUACUCAGUGUCGAGUUAGCCGCUGAACUGAGAUGAUCAACGCUGCGUCAUUCCCAUAUCUUUUCUUUUGCAAAGGUGGUAGAGGUAGUAUGGAGUACGCAAGCCACUAUUUUAUAGACUGAGUUGUUGGAGAGUCAACCUUGUUUAUGCCGGGUUAAAAGUUCAAGGUAUAAGAAUAAGCAGAAGAUUUAAGGAAGGAAGAGCAAUACAGGCGUCGGGGAACAGGGACCAAAGAUGUGUAGCCUACACACCUAUAUUCUGGUGGCAAAUGAGCAAGCGAUAUCCAUAGACGAUAAGAAGCAAGUGUUCACAGAAAUUCUUACCCAAGAUUCCGGAAUUCCACAAUGAAGAGGCUACGGUUCAUCUCAAGAAAUCUACGACAGUCGACAAAUGAUCAGUCAUACUGGAUUUGUAAGUAAACAUGACCGCCUCGUUCGUUUCCUCGCCCUGUUCUGGGAUCAGUCGACUAAACAAGUCGGACAUCGCUCUUCUCAAGACUACAAGGCCAGCGAUGACGAGGAUCCUGUAUUUUUCGGUCUUAAUUAUGGCCCUCAUCGGAUUGGCCCUAGGUGCCUCAAUUCCUCCAGAAUCUGGCGCAGCCGCUCCUACUCCUAGUCCAUCAUCAACAGCCAUGCCCUCCAUUUCAAUGACUGCCGACGGAGGCUUCAUGCCCUCCAUCGCAAUCAACCCACCUCCUGCUGGAGCCGUUGCCUCGCCCUCAGCCUCGACGCCCUCCAUCGUCAUUGUGCCUCCGACCAUGCCACCAGCAGUUGCUAAAUUUGUGAGCAAAAUCAAGGCCGCCAAAGCAGCCCUGACGGCGUCUAUGGCAGUUCCCGUCGUGUAGAGAUUCCAAGACCCUCUGUAGCAUCUACAGGACGCUGGACCUUCUUAAACAGGAUUUAGAGAAGAAAUAAUAUAGUUCAGUUAACUAUAAGAAUACAGAAUUUUGCUAAUGUUCUGUUAUUCUGGACAAUAAGUAACAAAAACAAUAAAGAUAACGUUUAUGAUAUUCUGCUAUCUGUAUCAUUUAGAGUUUUGUUAAUGUGAUUUUUCGUCUGUGUGGAGGUAUUAGAUAAUUUAUAGAUUAGUAUAUUGACGUCCUGCAGUCAUUUUUACCUUUUUGCAAUGCUUGAAAUAAAUAAGAACGAGUCAGUUUCGAACUUCAAGGCGAUGAUGUGUCUUGGUUUUUUAUGGGGACAUUUUAUCACUCAAUUUUUGUAAUGCUAAAAUCUCUGGCUUUGAUUUUAAAAACUGUCGAAAUUUCCAAGUAAAUGAUUAUGAAAAGAAAUAAAUAUAAUGUUCACCUAUGUAGAAUAGCUUUUAUAUGAACGGAAAUGGUUGUAAGAAUUAAACUACUGAACAUCACUGCAAUGCCACUAAAAUACUAUUUACAAUUAUGGCCAUCCUUUUGUUUUGUAGUUGUUAAAGACCACUGUAAUGAAAAGAAAGGUUUUCAAUAAAAACUGUUGUAUUU